GUGAACUAGUGAACUAUUACUCACAAGGACGAGACAUCAAGCAAGUAAGGAAUUGACUCUCAAAAAAACAAUGGGUAAAGUGAUGAAAAAGAUGAAACGGGCAGCGACGACGUCCUCCUCCUCAUUACCAGGCGAGCCAACCAUGAAGAAAGCAAAAAUGGAAGAGGACAAGGCCACUGCGUUGGAAGCAAACAAGCCUUCUACUUCUACUCGUAAAAAGCCCGUGACCUUGAACGGCUACGUCUAUGAGAAUACGGAGUGGCAGGCAAUAGGCGAAAAAAAGAUGAUGCCAAAAGCUGCUCUUCAUCUUCCUAUGGACCUUUUGAUACGGAAGUUUGCUGAGGAAAUUUUGUCGACGACGACUAAGAGGACUAUGGAGGCUCCUUCAAAACCCUCGUCGGAAGCGGAAAGUCUUCUCGUGCUAGAACGCUACGCCACCUACGCUUCGAAUCCCGAAAAAUUUCGAGUCCGUGGCAAGUCCAUCCUAGCUCGUCACUCUAUGAUGCAGAAGAACGCGAUGGUGGAGGCAGUCAAAAUAGGCACAUACGAAACACCUGACAGACAAGAAAUGCUCGAUUAUAUCGGAGGCCACUGUUUCGAGUGGGUCCAAUCCGAGGACAAGAUCCGGGACGACUUGGAACUUUUCAUGAACGGCACAGGGGUGCUGGAGAUUGAGGCAAAGAUCAAAGAUUUGCUUGUUGACGGAAAGGCAGAAGAUGAAACGAAUCUUCGUCCAAUCUGGACGCGAGUAGGCGACCUGUUUCGAGAAGCAGUCUGGGGUGACGAAGAAGCUGGUGAGACGGUGAAAAAGCUUGUUGCGAUGGCGAGAACCGAAUGGCUUCUUUCUGGAGGUGAGGGUGAUAAAGAAGCUUCUAGCACUACCACCUCGUCAGAUGAAGAUGAAGACGCUGAGUCGGAAGUCUCGUCCCUCAAGGAAGCGAAGGAAGAAGAUUCUGACGACGCUAAAGAAGGUCGUGAAGCAGACGAAAAAAUCGAUGUCUUCGGAGAUGAAGAAAUUGACUCAGAUCUUUUUAUGUCCGAUAUCGAGGAAGAGAAUCAAGAGAAAGAUCAAGAAGCGGACGUCACUCCCGCUAGCGAAAAAGUAGAUGAACAAGGCGCUUCUCAUUCUGGUUCUGACGCUGCAGAAAUGAAGCAAAACGUAAAAUUCCUGUUGGACUAUGUACUCCCUUCGCAUUUCCUAUUUCGAGCACCAUCCACGACACAUCAGCCAGGAAGAACACAAGGAUCCUCAUCUCUAGAUGUCUCAGAAUUUUCGCUUCAGGAAAUUUUGGAAGGCAAGCAUGCUCAAAAGGGCACUAACAUCUUUGACCCUUAUAACGAGGAGGCGACGGCCGAUAAAAGAUACGACGGAGAGGUAUCCUUUCAGAAUGCUCAGGGAAAGAAAAUCAAGACCUCGAAGCAGAGCACAUCGAUGACUUCUUCUUCGUCAACGGGCACAUCCAGUACAUCGAUGACCUCUUCUUCGUCUACGGGCACAUCCAGUACAUCGAUCACUUCCUCGACCACAACAAGUACAACAAAAGUGGCCGCCGCAUGGAACGACCCUAUCAUGCCUAUCAAAAAUCUCCAGAAUAUACUAAGUAAGGAACAUGCGAAGCUGUUUUCCGUGAUCUCGAAAGCUGUAGAAGAGUUGAAUCCUGAAAAUGCUGCAGAACCAUUGGAGCAACUUCUCCAUGCUGCAGACGAGACUGCAAUAUCAACGACAACUACAGGUUGUAGACUCGAGUUGCUACGCGCAGCCUUCCAAGCGGCAAAACCACUUUAUGGCAACCCCAAUGUGGUUAAAAAGAGCAAGCGCUUCAACCGAGUUCUGAAUGAAAUACCGAAAGCUAUCAAGAAGCUGGAGAAGGAACUUCUUCAACGUGCAGAAAAAGCAACAGCGGAUGGACAACUAGGAGGUGAUGAACAACUAGGAGUCGUUGCUCUUCAGCAAGGUGAACAUCAGGUGUUGAGAGAGAUGAACAAAAACACACUUAGCUUCAGUAGCGAAACCAUGCGUCGUAAAGUUGCAGCAAAGGCUUUUCGGGUCGCUUUUGCUAGUGCGUCUGAAAUGAAACGUGGAGAGUUGAAGGAUCGAUUGGUAGAGUUUUUUGGGAAGGAGAUGAUCACAACGACAAGAACGAGUCCUCCGUCUAAAACAAGUGGAGAAGAUAUGAACCUGAAAGAAGUGGCGUUCUUGUUCAUGCACUGGGCCCAGCAUGAUUUCGGCUGGCUGAAAUUACAAAAGCGAGUACUCAAACUGACCGAGGAUGGUAGUAAAGCGAGUACUCAAACUGAUGAAUCGAAAGGAGCAGAACAGGAUAGAAGUAAAAAGAUGGACAUGUUCCAAUUCCUAAAAUCUUGCUCAGAAGAGGCUGAUGCUAAAGCAGCCAGGCGAAAAGCAAGGAAGGAUGGACGUGGUGGAAAGAAAUGAAGCGAACCUUUUCAGCAAUUUCCUUUCCCCGGGAGUGAAAUCCGAGUCAUCUUGAUUGAUCCGAAUUAUACUGUAUUUAAACUAGGAUUGCACCACUCAAUCUCAAGAACAUUUAUCUGGCACCCUUCGUGAUCUACUCGGAAAUAAAUUUUAUUCCAUGUCAGCCCUUCAUCUUCUCAAACGAAAGUGACCUCGCGCGUUCUUGCAUUUUCUAUUUGUUCGGCCCUGUUGUGACCCUAAGGUCAUAUAGUUUUUGUUUUAUUAAAGAGUCCGAAUCCAACGAUUUAACCUGUCCUUACAAAGACAGAGCGAUGAGGGUAACUGUCUAUGCAUCCCCCCGCUGCAAAAUCCGCAAUUCUCUGUUUGUGGUCGCGAAAUUCAUCCGUAUCGAAGCGAGCUGCACUUCGCUUCAACAUCUGUAGUUGGUAAGAGUGAGUGAUGAAGAUGAUGACAGAAUCCGAUACAACAACACAUCAGCUUCAAGAACUCCCGUCUCUCUCCAAUUAGAACACAUCAGUUGCGAGACCGACGUCGCUUCCGCUCAACCUCAAGCGAUAAACGGUCUGUGGCAAGUCGCUAACGCUCCUCACGAAAGCACAAGCCAGAAGUUAGUUACCGUGGAAGUAAGAAUAAGAUUUAACAAAAAUAACAAACCUCUACUUGUUUCUCGUCGUUAGGAAGGGCAUAGCCAUAGCGGAAACAACACUGUUGCGGGAGAGUAAGCCCAGAUAUCUAGCCCGACGAAGAGUGGCUGAAGGGAACGUUCUCCGAAAGAGGUUAUGUUCUUGCUGCACGGCUAAGGAACAACGAAGUUGUUGAUAUCUAGAAAGCACUAGACAAAAACUCAAUUUCUUCUAUGAUCACAGCGCCAAAGUAUUAACUAGUUGAUGAUGGAUGUGCAGGUAUCAUACUGAUGAGUCGAUGUAGACUUCGAGCAUGAGUAAUUUUUGCACUCCUUCUGUUCUUUCUGCUUCAAAGCGUAUUGACUAGAGCACUGACUUCACAUUCCUAGUACUCGCGACCGUGCUGUGCCUCAAAGUAGCAGGUCCUUCUUCUACAACUUUUUUAUACUGUGAAGAUGCCAUGGAUGAAGCGACAGCGAGGAGCAGGCGAAUCAUGUGGCUGCAUACAACAUUCGGCCAGUCGGAUCAUGUGGCUGUUGAACAAGAGGAAAUUAGACCCCACCCGUGCGAUGAACACAACGACCCAGUAAAGAUACGUGACUGGGGAACAUUUUAUCCUUAGAAUUAUGAAUGAAGACUCUCAAGCCGAUCAUGGACAGCUUUACUUGCCGAAAACUAUUCCACUUGAAAAAGGACGCCCACCCCCACCUCCACCUUGUAUAGAAUUUUUCAACAAGAGCCGUU